AUGGCCGCCAUGGGCCUCGAUAACGCUGCACCCUUCUCCGAAACCGACAGCUCCACAGCCAACACGCCUCCCUCGAGCGUCGCCUACGACCCUCUCGAUGCCCGCGACGACUUCGCACCGUCCAACUCCUCCGUCCCCUGGCCCAACCGCACCUUCAUAAUCCGCAGCCUCUCAUCUAGCCACGUCCUCACACUACUCGACGGCAAGGUCCUGCUUGCGCCUCCUGGCAGCGGCCAUGCGUCCAUCCACUGGACGUGCGUCGAAACCAAAGGAUGGCUGGGCUUCCACAACUACAGCUCUGGCAAGUUCCUGGGCUACGGGAUCGGUGGGGACCUCAGAUGCGCUGCGGGUCGACAGGGCGAUUGGGAGAAUUUCUGCGUCAGGUUGAGGCCGGACGGCGGCUAUGUUUUGUUGGUGACGCACUGGGAUAGGCUCUGGCAUGUCUGA